AUCGAAUCGAUAGCUCGAACGGAAGACAAAUCAAUGUAAUCAACCGAACGGGUCAAAUCGAGUCAAAGUACGAAAUCGACCAAUCAAUCCGGCGUGGAGGUUAAUCUGCCGGCGAUAUCAACUCGGGGUAGCGGCCGGAUGCGGCGACGGUGAUGGACGCCGGCGACAGUGGCGGAGCGGCAGUUCGACGGCGAUGAGCAGCGACUGGCGGCGCUACAAUCGACGGCGGCGCUGCACUCGAUGGCGGCGGAUGGCCGCUGUGCAAAGGGCGACGGCGGCGCUCGAUUCCGGCGAAGGCGAGGCAGCGGCGGCGCUGCAACUCGGCGGCGUUGCAAUCGACGGCGGCAAUGAGCGGCGACGCCGGCGACUGGCUCACGGCGGCGCUGCACCAGUCGGCGAUGAUGGCGGCGAGGCUGGGGAAGGCGACGGCGGCUCCAACUGGACGGCGACGAUCGGCUGGGGAAGGCGACUGGCGGCGGCGACUCUGGCUUGCGCGACGCCGGGCAGCGACGAUUGGCUGCGGCGAGGAAGAAAGAAGAAGAAGGAGAAGAAAGAAGAAGAAGAAGAAAGAAGAAAGAAGAAGAAAGAAGAAGGAGAACGAACGAACGAAAAAAAAGAUAAGGAUUGUGUGGCUGAGGAACUCUCUGAAUUCCUUCAUCUGGAAAUCGGCUCCAAGUAUGAAGACGAAGUUCUUGAAUUCUACAAGAAUGGAAAAGUCACAACGGUUCAAUCCAAGAAGAAUCCACAGAGGACUAUUUCAGUAAUUAAGUCCACUGUUGGAGGAACCAAGGUGAAGAUUUCUCAGAAGAAAUUGAAGAAAAAGCUCCAUGUUCCCAACUCUGGAAUUGAAAUUGGGAAGCUCCCGUCCAAGAAUCUGGACUGGAAAACUUUUGGGAUUUCUGGACAAAUCCCCUCUGCCCCAGCAAAGAAGGCCGAUCUGAAGAACGACUACAAACUGAUCUCCAAACCAACUGAACCUGAAAUUCCGGAGAAGUCAACAGAAAAUCUGGAAAAAUCACCUUUUCCUGAAACUACAGAGGAAGAAGCUCAUGAAGAACAAGCAGUUGAAGUCCAAAGAAGCUUUGAAGAAGCUGAAGAAGGAGCUCAAAUAGCUAGGCUGGAGGCCUCUGAACCUCUAGUAGCUAUCUCUGAGCAACAAGUUGAAGAUGAAGUCAGAGAUUCCCUCUUUAGGGAAAUCUCAAAUUAUGGAAAUGAAGAAACAGACUCUUCAGCAACCACACUUCCGGAUGAGAUCCUGGAAACCUGGAUAAGGAAGGUCCAAGGGUUAAUUGAAUCAGCCCUGAAGUCUCAGCAUGCCUCUUUUAGGCAAGAGAUGGAACAGAUGGAAACAAGGCACAACCAAAUGAUGGAAAAAUCUGAAGAAAAGUAUUGCUCAAAUCUCAACGAGAUAAGCAAAUCAGUAGACAAAACUCUAGCGAUCAUUUCUCUAUUGAGUAAGUCUGUGAGCAAUACAAUGAUGGCUUUUGCAUCUGACUGCCACCUUCAAUUCAAAGAAGCCACUGCAAUAAGGCAGCAGAUUGCCACAAUCACAGUCAACCUUCAGAAGUGGAUGUCACUCCUCCAGAUGGAUAUCGGAUCAGCCUUGGCAGUGUCAUCAGCAAACCAGGUGGUAACACAAGAUUACCUAAAGGUUCUUGCUGACAAUCAGAAAGAAGCAUUCAGGCUCUUCAGGCACUUUGGCACCUACACUGGGAAACAAAAGCUGGAAGUGAUUGUCCAACCCAGAAGUCCAUCUCAAAUUCCAAAGUUUCCGAUUGAAGUUAAACAAGGAGAACUCUCAUACAUUCCAUCACAUCUGAACAUGACGGAGCUGAUACUUGAAGCCCAGCAGAGCAAUCCGGAGAACUCAAUCCAGCAUCUAUCAAACACUGAGUUUGAUGGAACAGAAGAUGUAGGAACCAUUGCCUCCCACUUCACAAAUGAUGCCCAGACAGAAGAGAGAUAUAACAACCUCAAGCGCAUCCAGGAAGAGUGUGGAGUUAUGCAAGGCAUUGGUGAAGUUGCCGGAUCAUCCAAGCACAAGAAGAAGUGAAGGCUCCAUCAAAAUAGGGGGAAGUAUUGAAAACAUUAUUUAUGUUUUGAUGAAAACACCUUUUUGUUUAAACAUGAGUUCUUGGUUUAAACAUUGCUUAAUACAUCUCUUAAUUAUGCUUGAACAUAUUUCUUUAAAGUAUGAUUUUUGAGAUUUAUUAUUGAGCGCAUACAUUCAGGGGGAAUGUAAUUCAGGAGGAACUUAACUGUUUUUGGAAAAUAUUUGUCUUUUGGCAAUGAACUACUGAUAAACUC